CGAUCACGGGAAAACCAUAACAGGACGACGAAAAACGGUAUCCCCAACCCACAAAUCCCGUUUCGCACCACGACGAAAUUUCUAAUCUCCAAUUCUUCCCCCAAUUUUAGCCGGAGCUUCAAGGAUCCUUCAGCUACCCUUUGUUGUAGAUUCAUUUUCCCGUUCGAAUUUGGUUGUUUUCUUGUUCGGGAUGAUGCAAGUCAAUUCAAGUACUUAGGGUUUGAUUCAUUGUUUUUAGGAAUUUCAAAUGGCAUCUUCAAGGUCCCCAAAUGGAUCUUCCGAUGAUAUUCUCGAUAAUACGACCCCUUUGAUGGGGAAUUCGAACCGGUCGCUGGACGAUACGCAUUCGGGUCGGAGAUUUGUGCAGAGGCAAAGUUUGCGUCAGGCGGCGAGGUUUCUCAGGCAGGCUAGUAGUCGGAGGACGAUGCGUGAGCCAUCUAUGUUGGUUCGAGAGACGGCUGCGGAGCAAUUGGAGGAGAGACAGAGUGAUUGGGCGUAUUCGAAGCCGGUUGUGAUUCUUGACAUCGUUUGGAAUUUCGCUUUUGUUGUUGUUGCUGCUACCGUUUUGGUUCUCAGCCGCGACGAGUCUCCUUCGAUGCCUUUGAGACUGUGGAUCGUGGGGUAUGCGUUUCAAUGCAUUCUCCAUAUGGUGUGUGUUUGUGUUGAGUAUCGUCGCCGCCAGCAGCUACGAUAUUCGACCUUCAAUUCAAUGGAUGAGGGAAAUUCUGCACGCGGGAUUUCGGGUUUGGGGUCGAGAGCAAACUCGAGUCAUUAUGUAUCGCUGGCUCAAUUGGAUGAUAACGAUAGCAGUGUACCAAAGCACCUUGAAUCUGCAAAUACAAUGUUCUCCUUCAUCUGGUGGAUUAUUGGAUUCUAUUGGGUAUCUGCAGGAGGGCAAUCUUUAGCACAUGUCUCUCCUCUGCUUUACUGGUUAUGUAUCAUUUUCUUGGGUUUUGAUGUGUUCUUUGUGGUUUUCUGUGUUGCUUUGGCAUGUAUCAUUGGAAUUGCUGUUUGCUGCUGUCUUCCCUGUAUCAUUGCACUUUUAUAUGCCGUAGCAGACCAGGAAGGAGCAACCAAAGAAGAUGUCGAGCAGUUGUCAAAAUUUAAAUUCAGAAAGGUUGACGAGGCCGAGAAACUCUCCACUGAUGUACAGGAACCUCUUGGUGGGAUAAUGACCGAGUGUGGUACGGAUUCACCCAUUGAACGCGCCCUUUCGCAGGAGGAUGCGGAGUGUUGCAUCUGCCUUUCUGCAUACGAGGAUGGUGUCGAGCUACGAGAGCUCCCGUGUGGUCACCACUUCCACUGUGCCUGUGUCGAUAAAUGGCUGUAUAUUAAUGCCACCUGUCCUCUCUGCAAGUACAAUAUCCUGAAAAAUAGCAAUCUCGCUCAAGAGGAAGUUUAAAUUUAAAUAUACUUUUCGAUCUACAUGUAUGAAUGUUUAUACAGGUGAGUUGUGUGUAGUUGUGAAAGAGAUCAAUCAGCAAACUCAGUAUAGGGCCCUUUCUUUUGCUGCAGUUGCUAUUGUUGUUGUAGUGGUUAUUAUUCUUUGUUGUAGUUCUUGCUCUGUUCAGGUUGGUCGUGUAAAUGGCGAUUCGAAGGUUCUUUGUAAUGAUCCCAAGGCAUUCCCUUCUCCCUAGUCCUCAACUUCUGUAAUCUCAUUACUCAAUAAAUUUAAGUUACAAAUCUUU